AUGACUUCCACUGAUACAAUCAUGGACUUCAACCCUUACACACAAAAUGUUACCUUUCUACUCGCAGAUGGGGUUACUCCUUAUUCGGUCAGCAUGGCAACACUUGAUUACGACCGGUCUCUCGACUUCGCUAUGGCCAUCAGCUACGGCGCACAGAUUGGUGCUUGCUUGUUGAUGCUCUUCUGCGUCCUUCUGCUCACCACCGACGCCAAGAGAUGGGGAUUGCUCUUCAAUCUCAACUGUGCAUGCCUCUUCACCGGCUUCCUCUCCCGCAUCUUUUUGUCGCUGUUUUAUACUUCGUCAUAUGAGAGACUCUACACAUACUACUCGCCUGAAACGCCUCAGGUUCCGCAAUCUGAUACGACAGUCAGCAUCAUCAGUGCAAUCUUGCCGAUCUUUCUGACAAUCUUGGUUAACCUGUCUCUGCUCUUACAAGCUUAUACCGUCCUCCAAACCGUUCAAAAACGCAUCAUCCGCUUCGCAGCAUUGUUCUUUUCUGGUCUCGUUUUCCUCCAUGCUAUGACUUGGAGAUUCGCAGAGGCUGUGGUUAAUGUACAGGCGAUUGCGACAGGUUCGGUAUUCUAUGGGUACAACUGGUUGAUCAACGGAGCGUUGGCCGCCGAAACCAUUGCCAUAUGGUACUUCACCAUCGUCUUCACUACCAAGUUGUUCAUGAACCUCAGGGCCCGCAGACUCUUGAAUCAGCCUUCAUGGUCGAAGAUGGAAGUCAUCACAGUCAUGGGAUUGGGUACGAUGAUUAUUCCAUCAAUUUUUGCUAUUAUCGAAUGGACUCACCCGGAGAAAUUCCCAGAGGCAGGCUCUUUGACUGAGAUUCUUGUUAUCCUCCUGCUCCCACUCUCAAGUCUGUGGGCUUCUGUCACCCCCAAUUCUCAGACAUGCUCGAUGCGAUCACCGAGUGACGGGAGAUCCCAAACCUCAGUGAAUAUGUCAAGAUCUUUCGGUGACAAGUUUGGCUCUUUUUCUACGGGUCGCCGAAAGAGCAAUGUUGUUCCCCUCAACCAGGCAAACAGCUCCUUCGAACCAAUUCCAACAACAGUAGAAAGCAUUCCUCCGUCGCUGAGACACGGUGCUGAGGUGGAUAUGGAGCCCAUGGGAGUUCGAGUUGAACGAUCUUACAGCGUUCGUACCGGACGAGAGUAG